CUGACCGAAAAAGCAGGCUAGCUGAGUUGGUGGUGUGGUUAAAACGUGAAAAGUACUACUGAAAUAUUAUAAAGUAUGACAUCGGAAAAGGAACAAUUGAAUUGCUACAAUAAAGGAUGUGGAAAACAGUUCACAAAAGAACAAGAUGGUCCAGAUGUAUGUGAAUUCCACCCUGGUGGACCGAUCUUCCAUGAUGCUUAUAAAGGCUGGUCUUGUUGUAAGAAAAGAACAACUGACUUCACAGAAUUUUUAAACAUAAAGGGUUGCACAAAAGGUUAUCACAAUCCCGAAAAACCUCAACCUCAGGUGCAGUCAGUUGAAAGCAACUAUGAUGAUGAUGAUGUCAGUAUAAAGAAAGAGCCUAAACCACCUCGUGAGCCCAAUCCUGUUAAAGCGGUAGAGAGACCAAGGAGUGAUGAACAAAUGGUUCCAAUUCCCAUCACAGUUGGUGCUACUUUAAAAGAUGCAAUUGCAAAGCUACGCAAAAUGGAAGUCAGUGCUACAGAGAAUGCUAAUUCAGAUGAAAUUCAGCUUGGAACAUGCUGUAAACGAACAAGUUGUGGUAAGGCGUACGAGGGCCAAGAAUCUAAAAAUGAACAAUGCUUUUACCAUGCUGGCACAGCUGUGUUCCAUGAAGGAAUGAAGUACUGGUCAUGUUGUCAAAAGAAAACUAGUAAUUUUGAUGAUUUUCUAAAGCAGCCAGGCUGUACCAAGGGCGUCCAUCUUUGGAUUAAAGCUGAAGAAAACAAUUCAACUGCAGUAUGUAGGCAUGAUUGGCAUCAAACCGCUAGUUAUGCUGUACUAACAGUUUAUUGCAAAGUGGCUGAUCCAGAUACUUCUACCAUCGCAGCUAAUCAGGUGCAGCUAGUGCUCUCCAUCAAGUACGAUGGUGGACGUGGUGUCUUCAAGAAGGAAAUUACUUUAGAAGGGGCCAUUGAUCCAGCCAGGAGCUCGGUUAAAAUGCUGGGUACAAAAGUUGAAAUAAAGCUAAGGAAAAUGGAGGCAUUUAGUUGGAAGAAGUUUGAAAUCCAUGAAAAAGUUGAACAGCUAGAAUAAAAAAAAAACAACUAAAUGUGCAAAUAAAUACAUGUAAAUGACAUUAGAAUGAAAAAGUAAAGGCUGGAAAUAUAAAUAUAAUGGACCAAAAAGGGCUAGAAUUCUCAGGUAAAUUUCAGCCAUUUUUAUUAUUCAGUUAAGACAAUGUUUUUUACCAUUCACAAGUCAGAACAGAUAAUCCUGCAGGAAUGCAAUCAUCCACAUAUUAGUAGUGUGUACAUUUGACCUAAAGGCCUAGAUAUACCAACCUGCAUAUCUAUUUUCUAAAUGGGAAAAAUGGGGUUGGGGAGGGCCUUAACCUUUUUCUAAUAAGCUGUACUAUAAGUUUUUUAGACAUGCUAUGUUUCAAACACUUGCCACCUGUCAACAAUAUUUAUUUCAAAUAUUUUUUUCUGCCUUUUAGUGUGCCAUUGUCAUGAAAUCUCCCAAUAAAAUAUUUUUUUUUACUCUGAAUAAAUAUAUUAAGCUUUUAUCAGUCCAAGAACUGUUUACUUUGCUACAUCGCAUUCACAAGUGAGGGCCUAACAGCAAGCAACCUUAUUCCUUUUUAUUUCACACAUCAAUAAAAUAUUUUAAAAUUUAUUAUUGUUUUCGGUAGAAUUGAAAAUAGAUGUUAUUGUUAUAUUUUCUGCACUUGUAAGCUAAACACAGUGUAAAGAAUCUUGGCUAACAUUAAAACAAUACACUUGGCUUGUGAGAUAAUUUUCUAGAGCACACUGAACUUCCAGAGCCUAACAUUGAGACAAUAUAACUAUUAUAUGGUUACAAGAAAUAUAAAAUAAUUAAACAAGAUGCAGACCCAUGUGAGGUCAAGGAGGUAUAGUACAUUAAGAAAAUGUAAGUUCUUUCUGGAAUCAUGUUUUUAGCUUUUAAAAAAAUUGUUUGGAAUGAUCGUGAAUACAAUGUUCUUCAGAAUAAGA